UAGACAAAAGAUAUUAUAAGGGUCCAUCAAGAGAAUCUCAAGAGAAGAUUGGAACGAUCUUACAAAAAAGGAUUAAUCAGUGAAAUGAAUAUGGUAGUCUCAUUUAAUCCCUUGUGCAGUGGUUUUCAACCUUUUUUCAUUUGCCGACCCCUAAAAUAUUUCAAAUGGAGGUGUGGACCCCUUUGGAAAUCUUAAACAUAGUCCGCGGACCACAGGUUGAAAACCACCAUUCUCGUGGACAUUUGUGAACAUCACAAAACCAACACAUAAUCUGGCAGAAUACGCUAUGACUGCUGUCUUUUCCAGAAGAUCUUCCAGAGUAGGUACCCAGACAUAGCUAUGUGGGGAAGAUGUGAAAGUCUGCCAGUAAUGUGUCUGGCUCUAGUCAGUGCUACAACUAUCUGAUUUACAUGAACACCAGAUUUUUACAGAAUAAAAUAUUGCCCCUUACUCUAAAAGAAACAUAUUUUAGAAAAAUAUAACUUGUUUCUAAAAUGAGCCACUGCCUUCCAACUUUCAGCCUUCAAGGGUAGCAUGUUGGCAAAUAAAAUAGUUGCCUGGGGAAGUACAAUUCUAAGUGAGAGUUCUUUCUUUCUUUCUUUCUUUCUUUCACCUGCAAGGGCCUUUUGCUUUCCAGUUCAUCUAGAUCACUACAAACCUCUAAUGAUUGCAUUAUAAAAUAAGAAUUUAGAAACAGAAAAAUAGGGCAAAAAUUUUUAAACAUGUCCACUGGCUUUAGGUAUCCUCUAUAAAAAACCUCAGACCUCUGAAAAGUAAUAGCAGCUAGAUAUUUGUCAGUAGAUCUCACAGCACUUUACAAAGGAGGUUGGUAACAUUAUUCCCAUUUUAUACAUGGGAAACCUGAAGCACAGAGAGGGGGAGUGAUUUUGCCUCAGGCGGCACAGCAGACCUGUGGUAGAGCUAGGAAUAGAUCAGUGAUCUCCAGUGUCCUAAUCCAGGGCUCUGUUCACUAGACCACAUUUUAGCCCUUUUAAACCUUAGAUUUCUCAUGUUGGAUGCCCAACAAUGAGGAAACACAAAUAAACCAUUAACUACCAUAUAAUAAUGUAACCCUCUACUUCUGCUGGACUCAAAACAUAUUCAAACAGUUAUAAAUAAUUUGCUCAAGUAGUUUUCAUUUGUUUUUAAAUUAAUUUACUGUUCAGGAAAGAUUUGACAGCCCUUGAUGAAGUCCUAGCAGUAUAGCGGAGAAAAGUAUAACACGAUCCAAUGGCUGGAAGCUGAAGCUAGACAAAUUCAGACUGGAAAUAAGGCAUACAUUUUUAACAGUGAGAGUAAUUAACAAUUGAAUCAAUUUAACAAGGCUUGUGGUGGAUUCUCCGUCAUUGGCAACUUUUAAAUCAAGAUUGGAUGUUUUUCUAAAAGAUGUACUAUAGGAAUUAUUUGGGGGAAGUUCUAUGGCUGGCUGUGUUAUACAGGUCAGACUAGAGAUCAACAAGCCUUGGACUCUAUGAAUCUAUUUGCCAAAGAACGGGUAGCAGAAGCUUCUGUACACAGCUGUCAACCUGCCUCAGGCUGGGAGGAGUAAGUCAGCAUCCUGUCCCUUUUCAGUCCUUGGUUUGCAUGCUGAGCAUGCCGACACUCAUGCCAGUUACAAUGCUGGGUGUUUGACUAGGCUUCAGGCCCCUGGAGAGAAAUUUGGAGCCCUCCUACAUCAUAUUCAUGACGUCCCCACCUGUCCCGUUUUGGUUUAGUUACCCAAAUAUCACAGACUGGGGGGAAAGGGGAGGAUGAGCACGGGCUCCUGGUACAAUUGUUCCCCCUUCCAUUGUCCCUGCCAGGCUGUGAGGCGGUGCUGGAGCCACAUCACUGAAGCCUUGCCAACAGUACACUGUUUUGUGGCCAAAACAGUGGCGGUGUACACACUGAGAUGCUCCUCCCGCUGAUGUAACUUCCCUGCUACGCUGCCAUAAUAAAACCACCUCAUCCAGAGGCCUAGGGCUUAUGUCGGUGUAGUGAGAGCGAGGCGGUGACUGCGGGGACGCCGUGCUCCUUACACUGACGGGUGACGGUCAUUCUUGCCAGUUUCACGGCGGAGCCCUCAGCUGUAAGUCGACCUGACCUAGGUCGACUUACCUUUGCAGUGCAGACAUAGCCUUAUAACUCACUGUGACAGGCGGCUGGGGGCCACCAGCUUUCUCACCGCCCCGACCUGGCGUACGCCGACUCCGGCUCGCCGGGAGGAAAGACCCUGGCCCUGCUCGCGCCCCCGCCCGUUGGGGUCGGCUCUUGGCUGGCCCAGGACCGCUGCUCCCGGGGGGCUGCCCGCUUGCCCGCGGAGGGAGCGAGGGCUCGGGACCAACCGGAGCCGCGGGGGAGCAGAGAGCGGACCCCGUCCCCGGGCGGGUCAUUGCUGGGCGCGCUCCCCACCCAGCUCCCGCCACAGGGGCUCGAGCCGGGGGGAGGGGGGGGCCGAGUCUGGGUCACCAGCUUCGCUCCUGCCGGCCCCUCCCACCGCGCAGCAUCCCAGCCGCGGCCGCCCGCUCCGGGGCUCCCCAGCGCCAGCGGGGGGGGAGCGCGCUACCCAGCAUGCAGCGGGCGGCGGGCUCGCACCAAGAUGGCGGCGCCUCUGGAUGAGUACGAGAAAGAAGCGGGCUGCGUCCCCAUCCUGCACCCCGAGGAAAUCAAGCCCCAAAGCCAUUAUAACCAUGGAUACAGUGAUUCUCUUGGACGGAAAAGCCACAUUGAUGAUUACAGCACAUGGGACAUUGUCAAAGCUACACAGUAUGGAAUAUAUGAACGAUGUAGAGAGUUGGUGGAAGCAGGUUAUGAUGUACGGCAGCCAGACAAAGAAAACGUUACACUUCUCCACUGGGCUGCAAUCAACAACAGAAUAGAUCUGGUGAAAUUCUACAUAUCAAAGGGUGCUAUUGUUGAUCAGCUGGGAGGAGAUUUAAAUUCCACCCCACUUCACUGGGCAACGAGACAGGGUCACUUAUCCAUGGUUGUACAACUGAUGAAGUAUGGUGCAGAUCCAUCACUAAUUGAUGGGGAAGGAUGCAGCUGUAUUCACUUGGCUGCCCAGUUUGGGCAUACGUCUAUUGUUGCUUACCUGAUAGCAAAGGGACAGGAUGUAGAUAUGAUGGAUCAAAAUGGAAUGACACCUUUAAUGUGGGCAGCUUACAGAACACACAGUGUGGAUCCAACUCGAUUGCUGCUUACUUUUAAUGUUUCCAUUAAUCUUGGGGACAAAUAUCACAAAAAUACAGCACUACAUUGGGCUGUGCUAGCAGGAAAUACUACAGUCAUUAGUCUUCUACUAGAAGCUGGAGCUAAUGUUGAUGCCCAGAAUAUCAAGGGAGAAUCACCGCUUGAUUUGGCAAAACAGAGAAAAAAUGUUUGGAUGAUCAACCACUUACAGGAGGCAAGACAGGCAAAGGGAUACGACAGUCCAUCAUUUCUCAGAAAGCUAAAGGCUGAUAAGGAAUUUCGUCAGAAGGUGAUGCUAGGAACACCAUUCCUAGUUAUUUGGCUGGUUGGGUUUAUAGCAGACCUAGAUGUUGAUUCGUGGCUCAUUAAAGGGCUAAUGUAUGGUGGUGUAUGGGCUGUGGUACAGUUUCUUUCAAAAUCAUUCUUUGAUCACUCAAUGCAUAGUGCACUGCCUCUUGGAAUAUACCUGGCAACUAAAUUCUGGAUGUAUGUGACAUGGUUUUUCUGGUUUUGGAAUGAUCUCAGUUUUCUCUUUAUACAUCUUCCAUUCCUUGCCAAUAGUGCUGCACUUUUCUACAAUUUUGGAAAAUCCUGGAAAUCAGACCCAGGAAUCAUUAAAGCCACAGAAGAACAAAAGAAAAAGACAAUAGUUGAACUUGCAGAGACAGGAAGUCUGGACCUCAGUAUAUUCUGCAGUACCUGUUUGAUACGGAAGCCAGUGAGGUCUAAACAUUGUGGCGUGUGCAAUCGAUGUAUAGCAAAGUUUGACCACCACUGCCCAUGGGUGGGUAACUGUGUAGGGGCAGGGAACCAUCGCUAUUUUAUGGGCUAUCUGUUCUUUUUGCUUUUUAUGAUCUGUUGGAUGAUUUAUGGCUGUAUCUCUUACUGGGGAAUCCACUGUGAGACUACUUACACAAAGGAUGGAUUGUGGACAUAUAUUACACAAAUUGCCACCUGUUCACCUUGGAUGUUUUGGAUGUUUCUAAAUAGUGUGUUUCAUUUCAUGUGGGUGGCUGUGUUACUCAUGUGUCAGAUGUAUCAGAUAUCUUGUUUAGGUAUCACUACAAAUGAAAGGAUGAAUGCAAGACGAUACAAGCACUUUAAAGUCACAACAACAUCUAUUGAAAGCCCAUUCAACCAUGGAUGUAUAAGGAAUAUUAUAGACUUCUUUGAAUUCAGAUGCUGUGGUCUUUUUCGUCCUGUUAUUGUGGACUGGACAAGGCAGUAUUCAAUAGAAUAUGACCAAACUUCAGGAGCAGGCUACCAGCUAGUGUAGCACCACCUUCGUCCUGUGAGCAUACCAUAUCUGAGUGGUGCCUGAAAAUUUCUCUCUCUCGAAUCCACAUCCUUUGAACCGUAGCAUGCUAUGUGUAGGGCUAACGAUGAAUCUUACGAUACCUUCUCUUUAUCAGAGUUUUAUUAACAAAGGCAAAAAUGGACAGAAUAAACUGCCAACCCUGAUAAGGAAGAGGAGGAAGAUCAAAAAGGGAUUUUAACCAUUCUUAACAUGAGAAUUAUUCACAACAACAUAUUCACUGCAUUUGUUGUUGGAUUUUUUAUUUAACACCUUUUACAAAGGAGCAUGAGAUUAUUAAAGUAUUGACAUACCUAGUCAUGUUGUGCUGAACAGAAAUAUUAAUUUCCCAAUUUGAAUAAUUCCACUGGAGCAAGAAUCUGGAAUCUAAAACUAAAUUUCACAAUGCAGUCAGACUUCAUUAAGAUUGCUGCAUUUAAGUUCCUGUAAUGUGAUUUUAUAUUGAUUUUCUGUAGUAUUAUGUACAUGGGAAAAUGUGCAUUUCAAUACUGUGAUUAAAAUCAUGUGGUUUUAUUGGGGAUCCACUAUAAUGUGUUAAGCUUCGGAAGCAGGGCACAUGAGGAUAAUAUAAUGUUCACAAAUAAAUGUGUUACCUAUAUUUUAUGGCUAUCAGCAGUUAUGGCCAUCUGUUUCCGGUACAGUGAAAUACUUGUAAUAACCUUGUUUCGAGGUUGUAUAGUCUGAAAAUAAACAGUUGCACAAGUAAGUAAAGCUCUUCUGUCGAAGUUAAAGCCCUGCUUAAGUGCAUGAUAUACCUUUUAAAAAUAGACCACAAUAUAUACUAUAUGAUAUUCAGCAAAAAAUAAAACAGAAUUUAAUUUGAUAUCUUUGAACAAAUGAUAUAAGCCAUUUAAUACUAAGAGUGAUCCAGUAUAAUAUAUUGCAUAGUGACUGGAAAGGUUUGAAGAGAAGUUGUAUAGGGGUACCAAAGAUGUGAAUGCAAAAUCUUAGUAAUGGAAAAGAAAGGUUUAUAACCGUUUUAAAUUCCAUGUGAUUGCAAAACAAAUCGUGAAAACUGACUAAAACACUCAUUUUCUUUGCAUAUAAAAUAAUUGAAUCCAAGCUUAAGUAAAGUGUGAUCUCUGUUAAUAGCACAUAUGAAUGGAAAAUCUAAUAGGACAUUCUGAAGAAGAUGGUAUGUCAGCAAGUGGAAAUCACCCUUGAGAUUUUUUUUCUGUUAAGUUCUCACACUGCAAAUAUGUUUGAAAGGUAAGGAAUGAUCUGAAAUCUCAUUCCAAAUGGGCUUUUUGUUUUUGAAUGUGAUGCACUGAUUUUCUGUUAUGGCGUUUUCCUAUCCUCAUGGUGAAUUAUUCACUGUUUCCUUAACUAUUGUUUACAGAGAGACUGAGACUUGGAUUAGUUCUCUUUUAAGUGCUGUAGCAACCUAGUGGUUCGAGAAAUCUGUGAAGGGAGUUUUCAGAGGGGACCUGGAAGCAGUUGAUGAGACCACUGUAAAGAAUGUGUAUCUGUAUAUAAAUAAUUUAUCAAAUAGUUUUCUCUUUGUGAGUGCGUGUUAGUAUAUUUAAGGUUGCUCAUUUCAUUUUAUCAACCAAAAAGUGUAGGAAGAUAUCUAAUGAGCUUUUAGUGAUGUUCAAUAUUGCUGUUAAUAGGCGUUAUACCCUGCAAAUUCACUGCAUGUUUGAUGCUUGGCAAAAUUAGCAUUCUCUGUAAUAUGCAGAUUACAAGUAUAAAAGCAAUCUAGUGGUAUUCCAGCCCCUUGCCUUAGUAAGAGGAGCAGUGAAACUGUAAGUAGGUGAUGUUCAGUAUUUGCAAGUAGACAUUUUUUUCUUUAUCUGUUUCUUUGAUCACAAGACACUCGCAUAGUUUGCAAGUACCAGAUAUCACGAUUUACAGAAACAUAACGUUAGUGUACUUGAACAUUUAAUACUGGGGGAAAAAUCAACAUUAUCUUUUAUACAAUAUUUGGGAGGAGUUGGUUACAGGGUGGCAAGAGGUUUGUGCCAUUUUGUCAGAAUUUAGAAUUAUAACAAUUAUUCUGUUAACAUGAACAAAAACAAAUGACACCAUUAUUCAUCUUUUUAAUUUCUAAAUGGGAAUAAAAGCAGGAAUAAGCCUUCAAAAUUUCAUUGCUUAUUUUACGAUCAAAGGUAAUGUUCUGCACCUCCAGGAAAAACUUUUUUCCCGUUUCUGUUUGGGGUUGGCUGAAAUAAAGAACUUCAAUCAAUUGAAAGUGUUUAGUAAAUACCUUUCAUAGCACCAGUCAUCUGAUGUUUAAAGUACAUUAUUAUUUUAGUUGUCCAAUUAACUAACAAAGUCUGUGUACCAGAAUGUUUGCAAAACAAGGGUGGACUUUGGUGGUAAUAUGAGGUUAAUUUUGCAAUUUUUAAUUGAGCAUAGCUCCCGAGUGGGAGUUAUGCUUCAUUAUGCUUCAUUCACAGUUUGGCCAAUAGAAAAUAUAAUAGGUUUAGAAUCAACUUACAAAUGUCCUGGAUUUAGGGCAUAUAAAUAAUUCUAAUACAAAAAGUUAAUUAUCUUGAGGAUUACUGAGACCUAUGACCUGAAACCAUCAGAAUGGGAAAAGCCAUCUUUGCAGCCUUUUUCUGUCAAGUAAACUAUUAAACUUACAAUUUGCGUAUUACAGCAAAACUACAUCGCUUCCCAAACUUCAUGAAGCUGAUCCAGACUGAAAUCAGAUCAGCUUUAUCUCAUCUAGGUUGAGUAAAUGGAAAUUUUGUCUCAGCCUUAAACAUGUGCUGUUUCUUUGCAGGUUUCUGUGUUCUUUGGUGUCCACCAGAUUUUCUUUUUGAAAAUUAAUAUGCAUAAAACAGCAUCAUUACAUUUUAAGCUUAUGGAUACAUUGUUUUGUAUUUUAUUUAUAACUGUGCCAAGUAUCAUUUUACUACUGUCAGGAUCUUGAUGUAUUACAUGGUGAACAAAAAUCUGUAAAAUGUUUAAUAAAUUAGCUCUCCUUACAUAAAUUAAAUCUGUGAAAUUUUUGUAAGUUAUUAAUCAAAUAAAUAUUGACUCUUA